AUGGAACCUUUAUUGCCAGAUCCAAAAAAAGAUAGAAUGGUGAACACAGUUCUCCCACCUCCUCAGUAUCCAUUAACUCACAAUCUACUAUUCCCGGAAAACAAAAGAAUUGGAAAGCAAGAAGUGCCUGAUUGGAACUUCCUAAAAGAUCACCUUUUAAAAGAAGGCAGGAUUCAUAAAAAAGAUCUCAUCCAAAUUAUUAAUGAUGUUACGGAAAUCAUGAAGAAGGAGCCAAAUGUAUUAACUGUAGAUGAGCCAGCAGUUAUAGUCGGAGAUAUUCAUGGCUAGUAUUAUGAUUUGGUACAUUUGCUCGACAAAGCUGGUGAUCCAUCCACACUAAACUAUGUUUUUCUAGGAGAUUAUGUAGAUAGAGGUAUUUAUUCCAUGGAAUGUCUAAUGUUACUCUUUGCAAUUAAGCUGAAUUACCCUGGUCACUGCUUUUUACUUAGAGGAAAUCAUGAGUGCAGAGGUAUCACAGAGCAUUUCACAUUUAGAGCAGAAGUGCUAGAAAAGUUUGAUAUUGAUGUGUAUGAACUUAUAAUGCAAUGCUUUGACACGAUGCCAUUGAUUGCAGUAGUAAAUCAGCAAUAUCUAUGCAUGCAUGGUGGUGUUUCUCCACAUAUGAAAACAAUCGAAAGUGUCAAUGAUGUUAACCGUUUCUCAGAGAUCCCCUUAGAAGGACUUAUAUGUGAUAUUGUUUGGGCAGAUCCAAUAGAUGAUGAGAUAGCAGAUAAAUAUGAAUAUGCAGACAACCCAGAGAGGGCAUGUUCAGUUAAAUAUGGUUUAGAUCCAGCCAAAAAACUGCUUGAUGAUAAUGAUCUAACUUUACUAGUAAGAGCUCAUUAGGUUUAAGUCUAAGGCUACAAAAUGCACUACUGGGAAAAGCCUUAAUCUUUACCAACUGUCAUAACGAUAUUCAGUGCUCCAAACUACUGUGAUUGCUAUAAAAACAAAGCUGCUGUUAUUAAACUAGAAGGGGAGAAUUUUAGCAUAAAAAAUUAUGAAGAAGUUCCGCAUCCGUAUCAUUUACCGGGUGGUAUAAAUUUAUUCUAGUUUUCUAUGCCCUACUUAGCAGAUAAAGUUCUUGAUAUGCUAUUUCAUAUACUUAAAAAAGGUGAUAAUAUUGAACAAAACGAUGGUUAUGUAAUGGAAGAAGAUGAUGUGGACUUCAACAGAUUGUUAGCAGCUAUUGGGCCAGGAAACACAAAUGAUGCCGCAGUUAUGAAAAAUAAAAUCAAUGCGGUUAGCAGAAUGCGCAGAAUGUAUAAAAACCUCAAAGAAAAUCAUGACAUUCUCCUGCAGAUUAAGAUGGUGAAUGAUGGCAGAAUUCCAAGGGGACUGCUACUGGAUGGCAAACCAGCAAUAAGAAAUGCUGUCAAGGAGUUUGACCUUGCUUCUUAGUUAGAUAAAGAAAAUGAAAAGAGGCCUCCACACAAGCAUAUGAAUUAAUGA